ACUUUUAUUCUAGUCGUCGGUUGUUGGCGUUUUUUUGUGUCAUGUGUAUAGACACACAGCCGGUAGCCUCUUGAACACGUAGACGCUCUGUAUUAUUGCUAUCCAAAAAGAAGGGGUAUUUAAUAUAUACGAAUGCAUGAGAUUCAGCUAUAUCUAGUUUGUAUUUCGAUUCAAUGAGCUCCGAAGAGCCCAAUGUAAAUCCUCUCAAGGUGGUAUUCAAGUUUCGGGGAAAUGGGGAGGUAGAAAAGGCCAAACUAGAUGGAAUGCGUCCAACAGGCCAGAUUACGACGAACAACAAAGUUUUAUUUAGAGCAGGUGUCACGAAAUUGGUGGAGUCGGCGUCAACUGAGGUGGUACAGUCGACUGAAGAAGGUGUAGAAAAAACAACAAAGGUGCCCGGAAGAAUAAAAAUUAAGACUGUAAAACAUGAAGAAGCAGUUAGUAGCCCUUCUCAGAUGGCAGGAUCAUCUGAGUCGAGCAAGAAGCGUCGAUUUGACGCAGUGAAUGCGGGAGAAGAAAAACUAUCCGCGCUUAAGCGUAAGAAGGAUGAGCUUUACAUGUCUCCAUUGACACCAAAUUCUGUAGAAAAAGACUUUUCAGCUGCUCAAGAAGGAGCGUCUGCGACUUCCUCUCAUACCGUUAGGCACCCAAGAAAAUACGUGCCGUUGCGCAAGGCUCUGAACAAUGCCUUGAAAAAGCUUAUUGAGUUAGACAGGUACAAAUUCUUCUAUGAGCCUGUUCGCGAAGAAGAUGCUCCGGAAUAUCAUAAAAUUAUUAAAAAUCCGAUGGAUUUUCUGAAAAUGCGUCGCAAACUAAAUGAGGACAAAUAUCCCUACUGGAAUUUGUUCACGGCCGAUUUUGAGCUCAUUUGUCAAAACUGUAUAGAAUACAAUCCUCCAGAGACAAUUUAUUGGAAUGAAGCGAAAAAUCUGCUGUUAGAAGGACGAAAAUAUUUGAAGCGACAAGGUGCAAAGAUCAAUCCGGAACAACUUCUAGCACCAACCAGCAUAUCUGGUGUAACUUCGAAUAAUAACAAUGCUAAGGUCAUUUCGACUCCACAAGACGAAGAUGGAAAAAAGAGACAUACAAAUGCUGCUAAUUCUCAUUCUGCCUCAGCAGAACCGACCACUGUCAUAUUUGAAAAACCGAAACGAUAUUAUAUUCCGAAUGAGGAGCUGCCUGAAUCCUUGUUGGCAUCACCUUCUCCUGUUCGUUUAUUGAAUUUGGAUCAAAUAGAACGCGUUUAUCUCACCCAACUUGCCAGUUGUUGUUCUAAUCUAAAAAAUCAUACACGCACCAGCGAGGCUCGCCGUGAGUCUCCUUCUUCGGACCAGAGAGUGUUUUCAGCUGAAAAUUCCACCCAUUCGGUUAACUCAUCUCAGAAGAGUCUACUUGAUCUAGAUCCAAGUAAAGUUUCUCUUAUUGUUUCUGAGUGCGUCUCAGAAAAUCUGGAUCCUAACGCCCUUCCAACGUACAUAUCCACACACAAUUUAAAUUUCACUCCACCUCCGAAUUCCGUCCUUUCCGACGCUCUCUGUACUCCAAAGCCUUCUUCGCAGCAACACAGUUUUUACCACCUCAUCCGUACUAUGACUCCUAUCACUCUGAAGAGGGUGCAAACCUUACUAGACCAACUGUUCGACCAAAAAACCCCUCAAACAGAGCAUUCCCCCGACAUCCUAGCCCAUCUUCCUUCUAUAGAUUCCCUUGUUGUCAGCAUGGAAUCAUGUCUACACAUUGACUUGGCCUUCUUGAAACAAAUUUAUUCCUCUGAAUCGACUCUGUCACUUUUCGUUCGCAUCCUACUGAGCCGCAACGCUGAAAUUCUAGCUCUACUCGCUCAACAACCACCACUCCCACGCGCCAGCUCUACGCAGCCAUCUCCCCGCCCUCCGAACACUGUCGACGACAACAAUAAACUUCUACACGAAUUGGCUUCGAAUUUAAUCCAGCUUCUUCAGCUUGCACCAUUCCCUUUGCUUACUAAGACUUCCCUCGAGCGUUCUUCAAACGUAGGGAAUUCUCAAGAAGAGCAUCAGCCCGUCACCUCCUUGUAAAUAAAAUUGCGUGCACAUAUUAUAAACAGGUAUGAAGAAAUUACCUGCCAAGCCCAUCUCUCGUUUUUGGCAGAAGAGCGCGUCAUUUCUUCGUAUGCAGAGAGAACGACGCUGUGAUUAGGAAUGUCAGCCGGGGAUUCGUUGGAUCUGUAUGCACCUGUACCGCUUACAAUAACUAAAGUGUACUCCUUUGGCGCGUUUCCGCCGUUUUUAUCUAGUCGUCGAAAGACGAAUUGUUGAUUGCUUCGCGUCGACGAGAAAAUUGGCGCCAUUGUUUUAAAUUUGUGCAUUUUUUAGGGAUAUCAGGCCUCAGGUUGCCUGGUGUCGUAGGAGCGUUGCGGAUGAGCGUGUAUUGACGACGAGCUCGUAGGGCUGAUGGGUCGCGUCAGAAGGUGCGCCGAGCUGGAGGAGUGUUCGCCCAGUUUGACACGCGCGAAUGAGAGAGGUCGCGGUUUGCCGGGGGCGGGGGGGGGGUCUUGAAUUGCAUUCCAGAGGGUUCAAUCUUUUUUCGGUUGUUUGAUAGAGCCAGUUCGGUAGCACAAGAUUUUUUUGGAACGUUCAAGCCCUGCGAACAGGCACGUAUUGUCGUCAUCUAAGCACAGUGCCGUGACGUGUUCUGAGAAACGUGUCUGAAUGGUUUUGAGAAGAUUUAGGUCGAGGAUAGACCAUAUUAGGAUUUUCCCGUUGGCGUGUCCGGUUAUGACUGCGUUUCUUUUUCUGCCCGGUUUUUCACUGGUGGUGACGACGGCGCUGAUUUUGGGGCAGUUUUUGCUGGCCAGUUUGUGUCCGUUGAUACUAUAUAUGCUGAGGCUGGAGCGGUCUCGAUCGCUCGUGUCCUGAACGACUACUAUUUCGCCGGAGUGGGCUUGGACGUCGAGGUGGGUGACGCGGGGUUGAAGCGCGGUGAGCGCCGAGGCGAUUUUUUGCGGAGGGAGGAGGAUCCGAACGGGGCGGAGCCGAUACGCGUUCCAGAGAAUCACGGAGCCGUCGUCGGAUCCCGUGAUGAUCAGGUGGUAGCGAGCGCUCGCCUUGAUGCAGGAGACGGGUGAUUUGUGGCCGCACAAAGAGACGGAAGGGGUGAAUUUUCCGGGAGGAAAGGACAGUGGAAGUAAGCUUGAGAAGUCGUGAACGAAGGGAUUGUUCGGUGAUGGACUAGGGUGCUUGAACCAGGGGUGGCGGCAGCCGGAGAGACCGGUGGAAUCGUGUUUUUGACAUCGUUCGGACAAGAGUUCCUGGAUUGGUGCUUGGACGGCGUCGGAAAGGGCCAAUUCCGAUUUAUUUCCAGUGAAAUCUGGAUUUCUAAAUUCCGCACUUUUGUCCGGACAAACUGGAGUCCGUUCGUUGCUCGGCGGCUCAAUAAGGCUUGUGCGCAGGCCGUGCGCAUUCAGAUCGGGCAGCUCUUCAAGAGGGCGUUGUCCAUCGCAUAGACAGUUCAGCCGACACGGGUGGUCGUCGUCUUCGCUGUCGCUUGUCGGGUCGACGUGGCCUUCUUGAACGUUUUCCUGAAAAUUUGAAUGACUCAUUCUUUCUCGAUGCCACGCUUGAACCAGGUUCUCGUUGGCCGGCUUUUUGGGGCCUUUGGGCUCUUCGAACCUGCCACGUCCCGAAGCCCUCCACACGCAGAUCAGUCCAGAACUGAGUCCGGCCGCAAUCCAGCUCCCCGUCUCGGCGACGUCCACGCACUGAAUUUCUUCGGGUCCUGAGCACGCGCAGGGCAUCUCGUAUUCCACCAAUUGGCUCUUGAGGGCCAAAACUUGGACGGAUCGGUCCCAAUUCCUCCACCUGAGCACGUGCGUUCCUUCGGGCCACAACAAAGUUUGAUUUUUGCCCAGCGCCAAAGGAGCGCGGUUCACGUAGAACACAGAGGCCAUUUUGAACGCCGGCAUCUCGUGCGAGUAGCGAAGGCGAUCCAACGCCACGUGAAUCGCGUUCGGGUGCAUGUUCCGAAGGUAGCGAGGCGACCGCUUGGGGUGCGGCUUCUUGAACAGUUGUACAGGAAUUUGUCCGUAGCUGUUGAUCUGACUAAUGACGGCCAUGCGUUCCGCGAGGUCCGUGAUUUUUCGCAAGCUCACCCCCCCUUCGUACGUGUAUGGAUGGAACAUGUUGUAGGUCUUCAGCGCCCUGGACCCCGCUUGUCGAUACCCAAAUAUCAAAUCUAUCCAGUGAUUGAUGUUCAUCGAAACGUAUUCGCACUCGAGCGCCUCCAUGUGCUGCCUCACAAACCGGUAGGCGCACCGAUCUGCCCAGGCGGGCAGGACCACGUCGUC